GAAGGCAGAGGUGAAACAAAAUCUUUAACCAUUCCUUGCAUGUUAACAUUGGUCCAUGCAGAUGGCCCAUUGUUUUUCUCUUUAGAACAGAAAUUACUGAAAACGUUUUUGUAGGCAGUUGCACUGAUUGAUAGGCAUGCACAGUGUGAAAGAAUUCACAUGUCUAGGCUUUGUUUUGAUAAGAUGCCUACUAAAAGUUAGCUUGUUGGAAUUCUGUGAUAGGUGGCUAUGCCAUUCAUGGAAAGGCCAAAGAAGCCAUUGGCAUUUUCCAGUCAUUGCUAAUGAGUGGGCUGAAGACUAAAUUUAUUAGCUUCAAUUCGUAUUAGCUGCAUGUAGCCAUGGUGACUAUGGAUGAAGGACGCCAUUAAUUUGACGGUACUUCCUAGAGAUCACGGAAUUGAAGCAACCUUUGAGCAUUAUGCUUGUAUGGUAACCCUUUUUGGUCAUGCUGAAAAGUUGAUGAGGCAUUUAACAUGAUCAAGCAGAUGCCAUUUUGAACCAGAUGCCUGCAUAUGGGGAGCUUUACAAAGCUCCUGAUUCAUAAUAAGGUAGCUAGGCGGGGCUGCUGAAAUGGAACUUGUAGACUUAUAGCCUAGAAAUUCUGGGAACUAUAUUCUUCUACCAAAUGUUUAUGUGACCAAAGUCAAUAUGGUUAGUAAUAUGAUGAAGGAUAUGGAAUUGAAGAAUCCUGGAUGCUGUUGGGCUCAGGUCAAUAGCGAAUUUCAUAUACUUCUUGCAGGGGUCAAUUCACAUCCACAAAUGUCCAAAAUCAUUGAAAAAUUGGAUGAGCUCAACAUAGAGAUGAAGAAAUCUCUCUAUUUCCAAGAUAUGGACUUUGUUCUUCAAGGUGUGGAGGAGCAGGACAAGGAGCAGAUGUUAUGCAGGCACAGUGAAAAGUUGGAAGUUGCUUUUCUGCUUCGGAACACGCUACCUGGCUCUCCUCUUCUAGUAGUAAAGAACCUCAGAAUCUGCAGCGAGUUCCAUGUGGUCAGAAAACUUUAUAUCCAGAUUUGUAGGUGGCAGUAUAUUUAUGAGAGACAAAUAGGUUUCAUCACUUUGAGGAUGGAGUUUGCUCUUUUGGGAAUUAUUCGUGUAUAUGUUUCUGUUGUUUGUAAAGCUAAGUUAUGUGGAGUUAAGCUAUUUGGCUUUAACAAUGAUGCCCCUAGACUUAUCACUGUGGUUGCUCCUAAAGAUCUUUAAAAUAAGACACUGAUUGGAUUAAUGGACUCUCGUGUCUGCAAACUGCACCCAGCUCACCCAUAGUAGUUAUACGGUACAGGCAAAACUCUCCAGAAAUGCCUUUCACAAGUUGCCAACUGACCCCUUGAAAACAGAAACUAGUAAAACAUAGACAUUAUCAAUUCAAAGUUCGAACCCAGAACUGCAAAUGUGGCAGGAGAAGAACACUAUUUAUCUCGUUCAUGUAUGUCUGCCACGUUAAGAAGGAAGAAGCUGUUAAAAUCUUGAUAGCAUGGUGAAAAGAUGAUGUACAUGACGAUGGGUGGAGGUCAGGAGAAAAUACCAAAUACAGGCUACUAUAAAUCCUGAAAGAGACAAAGAAGAUAAGCACCUGUCCAUUUCUACGGCGUGCAAGACAAGAAACUACCCCAGCAUGGUUUUCCUUUGCAUUGGCUGCUUCUAGACUCUUAUAUUAUUUGAGUAACUAAAUACGUGGAUGCUGGGUGGACUCUGAACUUCAUUUCAGUUGAGGUAUGAGAGACGGCCCACAGCUCUUCUAUCACAGGCGGUAAUGGUAUUUGAAGCUUUGGAGUGAGAGAGUCAUACACCCCCCAAAAUGAAAAUAUAAAUGCUUCGUGUUAGCCCUGAAACCCAUUAGCUGGCUAGCUUUCCCCUCCACCAAUCCAAAAUCUUUUUCUCUUCCCCGAUAUUAAGCGUUAUUCACCCCCCACCCCCACGCCUUCCAACAGUACGCGCACAUAACCCUUAUACUUCACACCUUCCCUCCACAAACGCGGCUCCUUUCUACUAUGCGCCAUGGUGUGCAUCACACGCCUCUCCCACCUAUUCUCUCCCCUUCUCCGUCACCCUCCUUGAACUGCACUGACUCCGCCCCCGGCUCUCACACCAUGAUCGUCUCCGUCUUCUUGGCCCUUUUUCUACCCUGUGCCGGCAUGAGCGCAGUUUUUGGAGUCUAUAUCUGCCUCUUGUGGUACUCCACCAGUUACCAUUCAGAUAUCAGGUUACCAGAAAAGCCGGUGGCCGGGGCAGGAUUAUCGCCUUCCGAGCUCGAGAAGUUACCCAAGGUCACGGGGAAAGAACUUGUACUCGGAACAGAAUGCGCGGUGUGCCUCGACGAGAUCGAGGGCGAGCAACCUGCAAGACUGGUUCCCGGUUGUAAUCACGGGUUUCACCUUCACUGUGCUGAUACUUGGCUUUCCAACCAUUCCGUCUGCCCCGUCUGUAGGGCCAAGCUUCCGCCUGAUCAGCUCGAAAGUCCCUGCUAGAAAUCCAUCUUAGUACCCGAAA